AUCUCGCCCUUCUGAAGAACUCUCAUCACUCUACGCCCAAGAAGUAAACAAUUGCUUCUCUCUCAUCGGCCUUCGCCGUCUCUUUAAUCAAUCAUCAAAAUCAAUGAAAGCAAUCACUUCCUAAGUUUUUUCCCAAUUGAUUUGCUGCCGUAGAAUCUCUCUCUCUCUCUCUCUCUCUCUCUCUCUCUCUCUCUCUCUCUCUCUCUCUCUCCAAUCAUCGUCUCCACAUGGCAAUGGCCAGCAGUGGUCAAGAAGAAGACGUGAACCAGUUAGCAGCUGAGCUGAGCAAAACCCUAAAAGACGGGGAGAGGAUACUGGCGCCAACGCGGAGGCCGGAUGGAUCCCUCAGGAAGCCCAUCCGAAUUAGGGCUGGUUACGUCCCUCAGGAUGAAGUCGCCAAGUACCAGUCGAAGGGUGCCCUGUGGAAGAAAGAGAUGCAGUCGUUGCAGGAGGUUCCGCCGGGUUACGAUCUGGAUUCGGAACUGAAGCCCAAGACCAAAGCUGCUAAGAGGAACGAAAGAAAAAAGGAGAAGCGACAGCAGGCUGCUCUUGAUAAGGGUAAGAACUCGGACAAAAAUGAAGAUUCAGCUGAAGAUGCUAGUCAGGGGUCGGAACCAGUUGAUUCAGUUGUGUCUCAGAUGAAUGGCCUUGCUAUUUCUUCAAAUUCUGCUGUGGUUACACCUCCAUUAGACGUAACAGAAAGUUCAACUCCUUCAGAUCAUAUUUCAGAUAUUGAUAAAAGAAUUAGAGCUCUUAAAAAGAAGAUAAGGCUGUCGGAAGCUCAACAGCAGAAAACAAUACAGCAAGAAAUGAAGCCAGAACAAAUGGAGAAGAUGACCAAAUUGGAAGGUUGGCGCAACGAACUGAAGCUCUUGGAAGAUAGAAAAGCUGAGCUAUUGACGUCGUAGAUUGAGGUUUAUUGUAGGGUUAAACAACCAUGUAGCUUCUAAUUAUUGUUGUUUGAUGGAUUAGCAAACAACACAUUUUCGAGCAGAUUUUGCAUUGGCAUUCCUGCUAUGAGGGAACCUCUUUAGUUUGUAAGACCCAUUAGCUCCUACAGUUAGCUUAUGAGGGAACCUCUUUAGUGAGCACAAAGAACUUAUUCAAAUACUCAUUUCAGGUGAUUGCUGCUAAA